AUGAAUGGUAGCAAACUUGAAGAAUUUGCUCAAGAGUAUUCGGUCAAUUGUACACUAUGUGGAACAAUCAUUACUACCAACUUAGAUCAUGAAUGUAUCGUUGGCUAUAAUCUCGGACAAAUACAUCCUGAAAUGGUACCUGAAACUCUUAUCAAUGAAGUAUUUUGGGAUAUACCUGAAAAGGUACAACAAAAUGAUGAAGCAUGUCUUGCAGCAGUUGAAUUGUUGAAACCAAUUAAUAAUCCUCAAACUC